AUGCCAGCUCCGGUGAUCAACCGAUUCACAAGGCGUGCCUCAGUGUGUGCAGAAGCCUAUAAUCCUGAUGAAGAAGAAGAUGAUGCUGAGUCCAGGAUUAUUCAUCCAAAAACUGAUGAUCAAAGAAAUAGAUUGCAAGAGGCUUGUAAAGACAUCCUGCUGUUUAAGAACUUGGAUCCGGAGCAGAUGUCUCAAGUAUUAGAUGCCAUGUUUGAAAAAUUGGUCAAAGAAGGGGAGCAUGUCAUCGAUCAAGGUGACGAUGGUGACAACUUUUAUGUGAUUGAUAGAGGAACGUACGACAUUUAUGUCAAAUGUGAUGGCGUCGGGAGAUGUGUGGGCAACUACGAUAAUCGUGGAAGCUUUGGUGAACUGGCCUUAAUGUACAACACGCCCAGAGCAGCUACCAUCACGGCCACCUCCCCGGGGGCUCUGUGGGGUUUGGACAGGGUAACCUUCAGGAGAAUCAUUGUAAAAAACAAUGCCAAAAAGAGAAAAAUGUAUGAAAGCUUCAUUGAAUCGCUGCCGUUCCUUAAAUCUUUGGAGGUAUCUGAACGUCUCAAAGUGGUAGAUGUCAUAGGCACCAAAGUCUACAACGAUGGAGAACAAAUCAUUGCUCAGGGCGAUUCGGCUGACUCUUUUUUCAUCAUAGAAUCUGGAGAAGUAAAAAUUACGAUGAAAAGGAAGAGUAAAUCAGAAGUGGAAGAGAACGGGGCAGUAGAAAUCGCUCGGUAUUCCCGGGGACAGUAUUUUGGCGAGCUUGCCCUGGUAACUAACAAACCCCGAGCAGCCUCUGCACAUGCCAUCGGGACUGUCAAGUGCUUAGCCAUGGAUGUGCAAGCUUUCGAAAGGCUGCUGGGACCUUGCAUGGAGAUUAUGAAGAGGAAUAUCACCACCUACGAAGAGCAGUUGGUGGCCCUGUUUGGAACAAACAUGGACAUCGUCGAGCCCUCUGCAUGAAGCAAAGGACGGAGAAGAGGGCCUGUGGUGACCAAGGACACAGUAGUGGUUGGUCCACGAGAAUGUGUGUGUGUAGAUGCCAAGCGUUUUCUGUGAUUACAGGAUUUGGUUUCAUUUUCACUCUUUCUUACAUUGACAGUGUAUCAGUAAACAGAGUAGUGAUUUAAUAGUCGAUAGGCUUUAACGUCACUUUCUAAGUACUUAGAUCAUUUAAAAAAAAACUCGACGUGCUGACAAAAAUGACUUUCUACUCCGUACAGUUGUGAUGUGAUGGAAAGGUUUUAUCCACAUGAUUGAAAUACAUCGGAAAGCAUCAGUGUUGGAGACGAUAAUGAAGGGAUGCUUUGGUAGGCGAUGUAAGAUGUGCUCACUGAGACUCACGCAGCGUGCUGUGCCGUGUCACAGGGAGCCGGAGUGGCCCACGCUGCACAGCAUGGCAUCCCACCUGUUUUCAACACAUUCUGUACCUCUCUCAUCAGUACAGUUUUGAUAGGGUCUGUUUUGAAGUGUUUCUGGUAUGCUAAGUCCUGUGCUGGCCUUGGCCUCUUGGUGACAUGGUAAAGAACAUCAUAUGCAAUUUUAAAACCUUUUAUACUUUUGCAAUAAAGUAUUGCUUUGACUUCUUUGGCACACUGUCAGUAGUGGACAUAUUCCAGUGGUCCCCUGACAGGCACUUUGUCCUGAUCAGGGUAGAUGAGAGUUCCUGCCCACAUUUUCCCCUCCAGUAAAUGUGCAUCUUUGCUUCCUUUUUGUACAACCACCUUCUGUGUUCUCGCUCUUUAAAAUCCUGAGUUGGACAUUCUGGGUCAAAAGUAAUGUUUAGGGGAAAAAAUUUUUUUCAAGCUAGUAAGACCUGUUAAAUGCUAGCUUUUAGUUCUUUCUAGUAAAUGCCUAAGAUCCCCUAAAUAGUACGUAACAGCAACCAAGAAACCUCCUGUACCAAGAAGUGUUUUAGAUGCUCACUAACGUGCUCACGGCACCUCACUCUUGACUCGCCCAGUAGCACAGCCCUUCACAGACAUUCGCUCUCCCCCGUUUCUCCUCCUCCUGAGCAUUGUGCACACCUGCAACCUCAGUGGUCACCGGCCAGUGAGGAAGGCGUUUCCCUCUUUUUCUAUAGAAGCUUCCUCCAAGACAGUAGAAAUAAAUGUUUAUAAGCAAAGUUAUACUCAAAGGUAAAAGAAGUUUCUGCCCCUACCACAUGUUACUAUUAGAUUUUGUCAUUUGCUUUAAUGUAGGCUCACAGUUAACGUACAGAAUGAGUUCAACGUAAUAUGAUCAUUCAUGUGCUUAUUGUUCUGCUACACAAGAUGAUUUUUAAUUACACGCACUUAAAGCAAUUUAACAUGACUGUUAGGACCACAAGACUUACCAAUGUUUAGAAAUACUAAUUCUUAUCAGUUGUUCACUUUCAAAUGACAAAUUUGUUUUGGGAAACAUGUUCCAAAAGGAAUAUGUACAUGGAUAAACUUAUUCUGUGGCUAGUUUGGUCUUAGGGAAUGUUUCUAAUUAUACUUGUACAUGAAAAUAUGGCUAGGGUGUAUUAAUUGGAUAAUAUAUAUGUAAGAAAUUAUAAAAAAAGUACGUAAAGGCAUAACUUCUACCACAUUUUAGAACAUUUUUACUAAACAGAUUUCUAAAAGAUAGUUCUACAUAUAGAUGCUUUGUUUUCUGUUGUACUAUAGAUUUUAAAAGCCAUGUCAGUAAAACAACAACAACCAAAACAAACAAAAAAAAAAAGAACCCCAAAUUCUGGUUUAUUAUCAUGUAUUCUUUAUUCAUGUUUUUCCAGUAAAACAUUUUGUUGUAUAAGCUGAUGGUUAAUUACUCAUAGAACAGCAAACGAAUGCUUAUUUAAUAAAGAACUCUGAUCAAGGCUGUAAAUGCCAGUUACAUUAUUUUCAGUAUUGUUGGUUAUAUUUAAAAUUUCCUUAUAAUAAAGCACACUUUUAUAAUAAA